GGAGCGGAGUGCGUUCUCCGGCUCUCGUCACCUCCUCCGGGUCUGCCUCGCCUGUAAGGUCCUGGCGGGGCCCAUUCGGCCUUGCAGGCCCCGCGGCGCCGGGUGUGCAGUGACCGGACGGCGGGGCGGGCGGGACCGCAGGCAGCGGCCGCUGGGGUGACUGACACGCGUCCGUGUCACCGCCGGCUCCCGGCGCGGCCACCGGAGCAACGACCGGCAAGAAGGGGCCGGACAGCCGCGGACAACGAGGCCUGCGGCCAGACCCGGCGGAGCCCCGUGGGACCCAGCAGGCGCCGCAGGACUCGGCGAUGUCGGUCGGACGCACGGACAGACGUUCUCCCGGCCGCGCGCCCUCGCGGCCCUCCUUCCCCGGGGCUCUCCGGGCCGGGCUCGGGGGCGCCCUCGACGGCCGGUCCGUGACGCGGGGCUGCUCCGCCUCCCCAGACGCCGCGCGUGGCCCUGCACGGUCCCGGCUCGACGGUGUCGGGCGAUCGCAGCCGCGCGGGCCGGGCGGGCAGCGGGCGACGAGGGGCCCCGGCGAGGACACGGUCGCCGUCGCCGUCGCGGGCGCGUCGGAACCCGGUGAACCCGCGGCGCGGCAGGUGCUUACCCAGGCUCGGCCGCGGGCCUUUCUCGGGUCCGACCCGCGGCCACUCCAGGCCCCGGGCGAGGCCAACGGCGGCCGCGCAACCUGGGAAAGGCCCGGGAGCCCCGACGCGGCGCGGCCGGACACGAGCCUGCGGACCCCGCGCGGACACGAGCCUGCGGACCCCGCGCGGACACGAGCCGAACGUGAUGGACCCGCAAUCCGCUUCCUGAGUCUCCAGGCCCAGCCUCGGGGCCCGAACAAAAUGACCUAAAAACCCUCCACCUUGAUGUCCCGUCCUCCAAGCCCGAAUUCCCUAGACUGACGUUGGAGGCACGCGUUACUCUCAUUACAAACAGGCAAGGGAGAGGGGCGCCCGGGGGCUCGGAUAAGCACCUGCCUUCAGCUCAGGUCGUGGUCCCAGGGUCGUGGGAUCG